AUGAAGGUUAUGGAGAUCCCUUUCAGGAUUUGGUCAUGGGAUGCAUAUGAUAUGGCUGUUUUUGCAGAAACUAUAUACCAAUUGUGGAACAGAAGGAAUAGGUUUGUCUAUGAGGGUAAGUUCUUGGAACCAAACUCAAUUGUGCAAUCUAUUAUACUUAAAGUGUCUGAUUUCCAAGUUGCAAACCAUAAAACAAUUGGAGAAGGGGUGACAGUAAAUCAAAAUCAUCCUCAGCAGAAGGCCAAUUGGGAUGCUUCUGUGGAUCAAUUAAACUGUAGAAUUGGAAUUGGGGUCAUUAUUAGAGAUUGGCUGGGUAAUGAGGUGGCUACUCUCAGAUCUCAAAGGGAACUCUUCCUAGAUCCAGCUAUGGCAGAGGCAGUAGGGGCACUUAAAGCAGUGAUUUUUUGUCAAGAGUUACAUAUGUCAAGAAUCAUACUUGAAGGAGAUGCAAAAAUAGUAGUUGAUGAUAUCUACAGUGACUCAGACAAGUGGACUUUAGUAGGGAUGAUCAUCCAGGAUAUUCGUAAUAAACUUGGUAUGAUGGACCAAUGGUCAGUUCAGCAUGUCUCAAGGAAUUGUAAUAAUGUUGCUCAUUUAUUAGCUAAGGAUGUACUUAAACUCUCUGAGGAGAGCAUUGUAUUCGAGGGUAUUCCUCCUUGUAUCCAACCUUUGAUGCUUUAA